AUGGGAAGAUCGCAGCCUUCGCUUGGCCUUGCCCCUCCUUCUCGGCGCAAGGAUGCACGCGCCAAAGCUGCUAGAUUUACGGCACACAAGACCAUUCCAGGGCUCUUGGCCAGUAGUGCGAGGGUAAGGAAGGGCGUAGAAAGCAGCGAGCUUAUCUUGGACGCAUCUGCAGUCGACGUUCGAAGCAGCAUGAGAGGUCUGGGGAGCAGAGGCCACGGGGAUGAUGGGAGAGCGAACGUCAAGAUUCGUGUAGUUGCGGAUGAUACUCUUGUUGUUGCAAGAGCACUAAGUCAGGCCUCUGCAGGGGGUUUUGGCGAGGAGAAAUCGGCCAGGCCCAAGAGGAACGUGGCAGUGCUGAACAUGGCUAGUCCUCUGGUGCCCGGAGGAGGGUUUCUCAACGGUGCAACUGCGCAAGAGGAAAGCCUUUGCAAUCGAACAACGCUUUAUCCGGCGUUGAAAGAUGAGUUUUAUCGCUUGCCCGAAGUCGGCGCCAUAUGGACGGAAGAUGUCCUGGUGUUUCGGGACCACACUGGCCAAGAUUUGGGCAAAGGCGAUCGGUGGUGGGUUGAUGUUAUCAGCGCAGCCAUGCUCCGCUUUCCGGACGUCGAGGACACGACAGACGAGGACAAGAAAUACGCCAGUCAGAAAGAUCGAGACACUGCUGGUAGGCAAAUCAAGUGCCUCAUGGACAUUUUACAAGCAAAGGGGGUCGAGAAGUGCGUCCUCGGUGCGUGGGGGUGUGGUGCAUACGGCAAUCCUGUCAUGGAGAUUGCCAACGCAUUCAACAAAGUCAUUCUGGGUGACGGCCGAGACAGCAAGACAAAACACUGGGGCAAUUUAAAAGAGAUCGUGUUUGCGAUCAAAGAAGAGAGGCUGGCGGCGGACUUUGCAAAGCAUUUUGGCAAUGGGCUCCAGGUCGAGAGGCUGGCGCUUGGUCAAGAUCACACAUCUGAUGAGAACGAGGAUGCCGGCACGGAUGAGCUUAAAGACCUCGAAGACAAGAUCAAGGAGCUCGGUCUACGGAUCGGCCAGUCCAAUAAUCCCUCGCUAAAGACACCUCUGGAGGCUAUCCGCGCUCAAAUGAUGAGUCAACUGGAGCAGAAGCGAUCAGUCAAUACGCCGGCGGAUGUUUUGAGCGAAGAAAACAGCGAGGACGACGACGAGAGCACAUAA